UAUCCCCCAAAGCCAACACGGGGUGCUCUCCGUUGCCCUGUGUGUGAGCUUCGCAUCCUCGCAUUUCCAUUACGCACAGGAGAGCGCUCACAUGCCUUCUGGACGAGCUCUCCUGGCAGAAUGGAAGAGCCUCGGUGACUCAUGAGGACCAUGAGGACCAAACGGAGGACGGCGGUGAAACGCGAGCUCCCGCUCUCUCCAUCACCUUCGACAUGAACUUCUUCAAUUUCCCUGCGUGCGUAAAGUGUAUUCAUUUUAUAUGUCACGGCUCGCGUCCUGCAACUGCUGCUCCAAAGGCGUGUGGAGUGUGGCUUCGUACCCUGAAGAAGUUCCAAGAGUCCCUCCAAUAAAUCCCUUUUUUGAAUUUUUAUUCUAUGAAUAUUUAUUAUUAUCAUUAUUAUCAUUUUCAAGUCAACACUGGAGUAUCCUCAGCACAGCCGCUGCACCCUGAGGGGAGAUGGAUUUAGAGGUGAAGGAUGUGAACGGGUCGAACUGUUUGUCCCGGAAUGAGAGCGACGGCGGACUAAGCGCUUCUUCCAGUGGAGUGUCCACUGCGCUGGCCAGCGUGCUGAUCUUCACCAUAGUGGUAGACAUCCUGGGCAAUGUCCUCGUCAUCCUGUCCGUGUACAGGAACAAAAAACUCAGGAAUGCAGGCAACAUCUUCGUGGUGAGUUUGUCCGUAGCAGACCUGGUGGUGGCAUUGUACCCCUACCCUCUGGUCCUGACAGCCAUCUUCCACAAUGACUGGACCAUGGGUGACCUGCACUGCCAAGCCAGCGGCUUCAUCAUGGGCCUCAGCGUCAUCGGCUCCAUCUUCAACAUCACGGCAAUCGCCAUCAACCGCUACUGCUACAUCUGCCACAGCCUCCACUACGACCGUCUGUACAGCCUGAGGAACACCUGCUGCUACCUGGGCCUCACCUGGCUGCUCACUGCCCUCGCCACAGUGCCCAACUUCUUUGUCGGCUCGCUACAGUACGACCCCCGCAUCUACUCCUGCACCUUCGCCCAGACGGUCAGCUCGUACUACACCAUCUCUGUGGUGAUCAUUCACUUCCUGAUCCCGCUGCUGGUGGUGUCUUACUGCUACAUGAGGAUAUGGGUGCUGGUGAUUCAAGUGAAACAUCGGGUUAAACCAGAACAAAGGACCAAACUGAAACCGAGUGAUGUGCGGAACUUCCUGACUAUGUUUAUGGUGUUUGUGUUGUUCGCAGUAUGCUGGGCUCCACUAAACCUCAUAGGCCUGGCCGUAGCUAUAAACCCUGUGAAGGUUGCACCCAACAUCCCAGAGUGGCUCUUCGUCUCAAGCUAUUUUAUGGCGUAUUUCAACAGCUGCCUCAACGCCAUCAUAUAUGGGCUUCUAAACCAAAACUUCCGCAAAGAGUACAAGACGAUCCUCCUCGCUCUUUGCGUCCCGCGUUUGCUCCUCAUGGAGACAUCCAGGUGUGCCACAGAGGGACUGAAGAGUAAGCCCUCGCCGGCUGCAACAAACAACAAUGUAGCAGAGAUAAAUGUAUAAAGCAUCUGCUUAAGAUUAAGUGUUCCGGUGCAUCAGUUGUGGUUGUGUGCCAUGAUUCACCAAGUGCCUUUUCACGAGAUGUGUAUCAUGUAAAGAGAUAAGCACGUUUGGAGAGGACACUGCUACCACACGUAUCCCUUUCAGCCAUGUCGUACACAAACCGUUUCCUCAUGACGGGAGGAAAUUGUAUCACCAGUACAUUGUGUUCCUAACUGAUUAGCAAGCAAGACAGAAAGAGUUCAAACAACUAGUCAGUAUUCACCACGGAGGACCAGGGAGGGGCGUCAGCUCAUACUGUAAAGCCUAUUUUUGGAUGAGAGACUUCACUUUUCAAGCCACAUCCCAGCAUGUGUACAUCACAUGCACUGCCUGUUUGCUCAGUUCAAUCAUGAGUACAUCAACAACAUAUUGAAAAUGAAAUAAAUGAAUUUUCUAUCACCACGGUGUCA